CAUGCUUGUGCGGGCAACCAUUUUGUUCUGUUUGGAAGUAUCUUGUUUCUCGAACGGAAUUGACUACGAAUUCAGAGCUCCAAAGAUAUCCUCAAAAGGAAAAAGAAAAAAAUCGAGUAUUUUCACGAGAGUCAAGAAAAGAAAAACUGAAAUGAACUUCGAAAUGAACUCGGGGAGUGGCCGUGGAGCAGAUGGGGAGCUGCCAUCGAUGUCCAAGCGUCAAUCCCAAGAUGGCGAAGGACAACCUCCCAGGAGACUCCGGCCGGAGGACGGAGGUGCGUCGGAGACGGACCGGAGAGGGCGGACCGCGUUGCAUCGUGCAGCAUUGAGCGGAGACACGGAUGAGAUCAGGGCGCUGCUGGACGGAGGAUGGAACACGAGGGCGAUUGAUGCGGAUGGACAGACGCCCCUCCACCUGGCCUUGCGGUUUGAAUGGGAGGCCGCGGCAGAGCUGCUUGUGGAUGCCGAUUGCAUCACGGAUGUGGUGGAUAAUGACGGGUGGACCCCUCUACAUCGCGCUGCCGAGAGUGGGUUCGAGAAUGUCGUCCGUAUCCUGCUCGCGGGGGGUGCAGACGCAAGUGCGAAAGAGAGAAAUGAAUGCACGCCCCUCCAUAUUGCCGUGGUCUGCGGGAUGGAGGCCGCGGCAGAGGUGCUGCUGGAGGCCGCCCCCGGAUGCGACGAGCCGAACAGUGUAGGAUGCACCCCCCUGCACGGCGCUGCUAUGUCCGGUCUCGCGCGGAUGGCGGGAGCCUUGGUGUCGAGGGGUGCGCGUCUCAAGCUUAAGGAUAUAGAUGGACACUGUCCCUUGUACUGGGCCCUGUGGUGUGGAAAAGACGGUGUGGCGAGGGUGCUCCUGGCGACCUACGCGUGGAGGGGCAUCGAGAUACAUUGGGAGGAGAUGAGGCUCCCGAAGGAUGAAGAGGAGCGCUUCGUCCGGCUGCUCUCCGACUGCGAGGCCGAGAUGAGGGAGGCCCGGGUGGAGGGGUCCCGCCUCUCCCUCCGCGACAUCGCCCGCCGACCCCCCUCCCGCCUCGCCCGGCGCCUCUCCGACGAGGCGAUCCGGCGGCUCUCGGACCGGGACCUCCUGGCGCGGGACUUCCCGCUCUUCGGCGACCUCCUCCUCGUCCGGCUCGGGGAGGUCCGGGAGAGGAGGGCCCUGGAGGACCGCUUCCUGCGCUGCUUCCCCCUCCUCUGCCCGCCCCUGCCCCCCACCUGCACCGACGUCCUCCUCGCGUGCCUGGCGGACGACGACCUGAGGAACUUCGCCCGGGCCGCGGAACUCUAG